GCUAGUCCCGGAUCCGCUGUCGCUUGCUUGUGUCUGCGGUAGCCCGCAUGAUCGUGUGAUAAGGGGGGAAAUUAGCGCGCAGGGUCCCAGUUGAGGAAGUGAGAUGAUAACAUAACGGAGCCUCGACUAAAACAUUUGCCCGUGUUCCUCGUUCACCGGACUGCGAUGCCGCCACAGCGAGUAUUCGCCCUGCCGAGGCAACAGUCUCUGCUCCUGCCUGCGGUUAUCAACCCGUUUGUUCAAGACACCAAACUAACCAAAGCGGCUAUAAUAAAAUGUGUCCUGCUGGGAAUCUUCCUGGUCCCCGUUCGCGCCAUCCUUCUGUCCCUGGUUCUCAUGGUGACAUGGCCAGUGGCUGUCAUAAUAACCUUCAAGCAUCCUCUGAAAGGAGCUGUGGAACCAAUGACCGGCUGGAGACGGUUCAUGUGUCGGUGCGUGAUGGCUGCCUUGGGGAGGGCCUAUUACUUCUGCAUGGGCUUCAGAGUGGUGGUCAAGGGCAAGCAGGUCAGCAGCAGUGAGGCCCCCAUCCUAGCUGUGGCCCCCCACUCCACCUUUUUUGAUGGGAUUGUGUGCAUUGUUGCAGGCUUGCCCUCCACCGUCUCCCGUGUUGAGAACCUGGCUACACCCAUUUUUGGCAGAUUUGUGCGUUGCCUUCAGCCAGUGCUUGUGUCAAGAAAGGACCCAGACUCCAGGAAGAAUACAAUCCAAGAGAUUGACAGCAGAGCAAAGUCAGGAGGCCACUGGCCACAGGUUCUGAUAUUUCCAGAGGGAACAUGUACAAAUCGUUCAUGUCUUAUCACUUUCAAACAAGGUGCCUUUAUCCCAGGGGUACCUGUGCAGCCUGUGCUUAUGAGAUAUCCCAACAAACUGGAUACAGUGUCUUGGACUUGGCAGGGUUUCAGCUCGAGGACGCUGCUGCUUCUAACUCUGUGCCAGCUGUACACCACAGUAGAGAUAGAGUUCCUGCCACCGCAUAUCCCCACAGAGGAGGAGAAGAAAAGCCCAGCCCUGUUUGCUAGCAGAGUGCGAGAAACUAUGGCCCAGGCCUUGGGAGUUCCAGUGACAGACCACACAUAUGAAGACUGCCGCCUGAUGAUCUCAGCUGGCGAGCUCACGCUGCCCAUGGAGGCUGGCCUGGUUGAGUUCACCAAAAUUAGCCGUAAACUCAAUCUGAAAUGGGACAAUGUGAGGAAGGAGCUGGAGGGCUUCGCAGCCAUGGCGAGCUCGUGUAAAGGAGGACGGAUCACCAUCAAGGAGUUCUCCACAUUCCUGAAGCUACCUGUCAACCCAGCCCUUGAGGAGCUGUUUGCACUGUUUGACAGAAACGGAGAUGGCACCAUAGACUUCAGAGAGUAUGUUAUCGGUGUGACCAUUUUGUGUCGACCAGCUAACACUGAAGAAGUUCUUCGAAUGGCAUUCAAGCUGUUUGAUACAGAUGAGGAUGAGAGAAUCACACGAGAGGAGUUUACUUCUCUGCUGCGCUCAGCACUGGGUGUGUCAGAUCUAAACAUGGUCAAGCUCUUCAAGGAGAUUGAUGCUGACAGCUCUGGUUUCAUCACCUUCAGUGAAUUUCAAGCCUUUGCCACGACCCACCCGGAGUACGCAAAGCUCUUCACCACAUACCUGGAGCUUCAGAGAUACCAAGCUAUCCAGCAGGCGACGCCAGGUGAUCUGGAAUUGGCCUGUCAGACCAGUUCAGGGGAAAAGCAGGAAGAUAGCACCUCUGACAAAAAAGAUGACUAAGGAUGACCGUGAACUCUCCUUUGACUGCACUGAGACAUAACACUGUAUCCACUGCACUGCUGUCAUCUGCCCUCCGACAUUUAGCAAAUUCAAGUCAUUUGCCACAGCAGAGCCAUAUUAUAGGUCCUGUGCUUGCCUUUGUAUACAUGGCUUUUAGAGUGCUUCUAUUUUCAAUUUUAGUGCCUUAUAGAGAUUUUGAGGAACAACUUCCCCAUGCCACUGCACAAGAAAUGUCUUAUUGCAGACUUUUGUCAUCCCUAAAGUUGUAUGUGUGUGUGUGUUUUGGUGUCCACCAGAAACCCCCCCCCCCCCGAAAAGCUAGCAAUGUUUAGAGUUGUAAUGUUUAUGUUUUAUGAUAUACUUGAAAAUUUUUCCCCAGAUCAUCAUAAAUUGCCUCACCAUGUUGCUUGGACUUAGAUGAACGUAGCUUUGUGUACCUUCCCCUUUGUCUUUGUGGUCCUCUGUAAAUGAGUGAAAAAAUUGCCAAACCAACACCUUUUUUAAAUAUAAGCAAAGAGUUCUUGUGCAUCUGUGUUGCAAGUAUAAUUAGUGUACAGUAAGCUUUAUUAAGAUCUUUUCAAUCUGGCAACCCACAGAUGCGCUGUAUUAAAUAUAUGUCUACGAAGAGCAUACAUGCUGUGCAAUACACUUUUUUCCAGCGCUCAGGGACACAGACCUUGUAAGACUGAUGUAUAAUUAGCCAGAGGUUUGCUUUGCAUGUGUAUCUAUUUGCAUUUCUACUGAAGAUUGUUGUUGCUGAGACAGCAGCAAGUCUACGCAGCUUUAAGUUUACUAAAGCAAAUCAACCACUGAAAAUAGGGCAAUUUGUGAGCAAAAAGGCAACAGUGCUUCUUCACAACAGCAUAUCCCAGCGGGGUAUGCAUUCAGAUUAACUAGCGCCACUGUUAUUUAUUUGGCAGGGUGCAUUGCAAUUAUGUGAUUUUUUUUUCUGUUUGCUUUUGAAAAUAAAACUAGAAUAAAAUUAAAAA